AUGUACUCCCUCCUCCCUCCCAAAAAAGGAAACCCGGACGUAACGAAGGUUCGGGAGCACACGCCGGCCCAGCAACUCACUCAUUUCACACCGGCACACCUCAACGGGACAUUGGCAUGGCGUCCUCACCUUGGAACGCGGGACACGGCGGCAAGUCUCACACCGGUUCCCCGGUCAUGGUUCGCCUCGCCAAUAUCAGCAGCCAGCACGGCAUCCACACAUUGCAUUCCCGUCACCACCGACCGUACUUUCAAAGCCCGACCGAGUUUGGUUUUCUGCACCACAAACCGCAGCGCUUCACUGUCCCCGAGCGCGCCUUUGAACAUGUCGGCUUCCUACCUAAAUACUUUACCUAAAUACUUUAUACGAUGUAGGUGCUCGUACGGCACCCACCGCUAUUACCCUGCCCGAACCCUGGUGACGGCCCUGGCACUCCAACCAACAGUUACACACAACUCCCCACCGGGUUCCAUAACAACUGGAUACCCCCCUCAAUACGGGUGGGGCCAAGCUGCUGCGGCAUGGCCUGGGCCAGAGGAAAGAGACGCCGCCUUUCCCUUCCAAGGAGCCCUAGAUGCUGGAGACAGUUUUCUACGUUGGCAAAGUAGAGAAGAAAGAACGCCGCCUACGCCAAACAUGUCGUAA